AUGGAUAAAUUAAUAUCUAUCUAUCUAUCUAUCUAUCUAUCUAUCUAUCUAUCAAAACAGCCCCUACUGCUAUUAAGCAACAACAUAUCUAUCUAUCUAUCUAUCUAUCUAUCUAUCUAUCUAUCUAUGCAUUCUUUCUUUCUUUCCAAAGAUACAAAUUUCAUUGCAACUCAUUUUUUCGUAAAUAUUUCUUUCUUUCUUUCUUUCUUUCUUUCUUUCUUUCUUUCUUUCUUUCUUUCUUUCACUAUUACUCCAAAGAUUACAAUUUCACAUAUUUCUUUCUUUCUUUCUUUCUUUCUUUCUUUCUUUCUUUCUUUCUUUCUUUCUUUCUUUCACUCGUACUCCAAAGAUUACAAUUUCGUAGACAACGCUUUCUUUCUUACAACUGCUUCUUUCUUUCUUUCUUUCUUUCUUUCUUUCUUUCUUUCUUUCUUUCUUUCUUUCUUUCUUACAACUGCUUCUUUCUUUCUUUCUUUCUUUCUUACAACUGCUUCUUUCUUUCUUUCUUUCUUUCAUUCUUUCUUACAACUGCUUCUUUCUUUCUUUCUUUCUUUCUUUCUUUCUUUCUUUCUUUCUUACAACUGCUUCUUUCUUUCUUUCUUUCUUUCUUUAUUUCUUUCUUUCUUUCUUUCUUACAACUGCUUCUUUCUUUCUUUCUUUAUUUCUUACAACUGCUUCUUUCUUUCUUUCUUUCUUUCUUACAACUGCUUCUUUCUUUCUUUCUUUCUUUCUUUCUUCCUUUCUUUCUUUCUUUCUUUCUCGUACUUAACUUCCUCUACUUUCUUUCUGUUUCUUUAUAAAUCAUUGAUUAAACAUUUCCUUCAUCAGACACUUUUCUUUCUUCCCCACCUCCACCGCUAUCCGCCCCCGAUUUCUUCCGUUCUUCGUCCUUAUUUCAAAACUCCUACUUAUCGAAAGCAGCCAUCCUGUUUGGUAUCGAUCGUUGAUCUUGCUUGGCAACAAGAACCAAAAGAAGACACCGAACGAAUCAAACAAGCAAAAAAAAUCCUUUUCCACACGCAAAAGUCGCUGACAUGA